UCUCUUUCACUCACUAUAUUCCCUCACACUUUUCACUCAGCUACCCAAGAUGGCGGCAGCCUCAUCCAUCCAGCCGCCGAGCGUUCACUCUUCUCUAGCCGGGGAGAGCGCACUUUCCCCGGAGAUGGACAGCCCCGAAAGCCGGCAACCGGAGGAUGAGGAAACGGGAGCGGCUGCGGCAGCGCAGCCCUCAGAUUCGGGGAUUAGCCUCCGCGACCUGCCGGACCUGGAGCCGGAGGAAAUCGAGAGGAGGCUGGCCAAAACUCGUCAGGAGCUGAGCAACAGGAGGAAAAUCCUCAUUAAGAACCUGCCGCCCGACACCACCAACCAGGAAGUCCAUGAAAUUCUGAAAGAAUAUGAACUCAAGUACUGCUUUGUGGACCGCAACAAAGGCACAGCCUUUGUGACUUUGCUGAACGGGGACCAGGCUCAGGAUGCCAUCCGCUCCCUCCAUCACAGCACUGUCCGGGGACGCUUGAUCAACGUCACCCUGCAGCCCACCGACUCCCUGCUCUGCCUCACCAACCUGCCCCACACCUUCACUGCCCAGCAGUUUGAGGAGCUGGUACGCGCCUACGGAAACAUCGAGCGCGCCUUCCUGGUGUACAGCGAGCUGACUGGCCACUCCAAAGGAUAUGGGUUUGUUGAAUACAUGAAGAAGGACUCUGCUUCACGGGCCCGAUCUGAGCUGCUGGGCCGACCACUGGGUGAUCGCUCAUUGAUGGUGCAGUGGAUGGACGUCAACCAGUUGAGCCAACAGGAGAACCUGCACUCCAAGUGUCUGUGUGUGAAUCGGCUGCCGCUGGACCUCUGUGACUCUGAAGAACUGACCCAGCUCUUCUCUGAAACCUACAAGCCUGUCUUCUGCCAGCUUGCUCAGGAUGCAUCCGCCCCCUCCAUCACAGACUGUCGGGACGCUUGA